CGUACAAAGAAUCCAAACAUGGGUUAUCAAUCCAACAUCAUUGUGCCACUUUAUGUGUACCCGAGUCUGGGGGCAUGGUCUCCACUAGAAGAAGUGGUUUUGGCCUACUCUAAUAUCCAAUUUACGAUCAUAAUCAACCCGGGAAACGGACCAGGAUCAAGUAUACUGCCCGAUGCCAAUUAUACUCGCGCCAUUGUUAUUCUCUCAUCUUACGACAAUGUACGACUUAUUGGAUACGUCCAUACCUCUUACGCAAAACGCAAUGUAUCCAUGAUCUGCAGGGACAUUGAAACCUACGCGGCAUGGCCGGUCAAAUCUACUAAUCCCGAUUUGGCUGUUCGGGGUAUAUUUUUCGACGAGACACCACAGCAAUACGAUGCCGACUCUUUCGCUUACCUGCAAAGGCUAUCGGAGUUUGUCAAGAGUCCGCGUGGACUUGGGUCUGAUUCUUAUAUUGUCCACAACCCAGGUGCUGUCCCAGAUCCUCGCUAUCUGCCUACUGCAGACUCAACUGUCGUGUUUGAGGAGACCUAUAGCACCUUCCAAGAUCGGUAUGGUGCAGGGCUAUUUACAGAAAUCCUGGACACCAGUAACGCUCGACGCGCUGUACUGAUCCACUCAGUACCGGUCAGUGUGACUGGAUCGAAGUUGCAGGAUCUGAUCACAGCAGUUCGCAAGGUUGCGAACGAUGUUUUUAUCACCCACCUUGAAACUGAUUGCUACGCUAGUUUUGGGCCUAAGUGGGCCGAUUUUGUCGAUCUGAUGGAUGGCGACUUGAGAUAA